AUGGAGAAUAUUUCAUCUAAUUACUUCUCGUGCACUGGUGGUGUUAGACACAAACAGCGAGUUGAGAAGUUCCAACCCGAACUUAUGAACGUGGGAUGCAUACCGUCCGCAUGUACUCCAAACAUUAUUGAACACCUAAGCGGAAUGUUCGAGCGGCAGUUAUUUAGCACAAAGGUACGUGAUAUAUUACAGUACACAGGUGGAUUGAUUGAGAGCCGGCAGGAGUGGUGCGAUGACUCCUGUCAGAAAACGGGAGGCUGUUGUCUCGUGUCGCAUGGGAGAGCGAGACAGCCACCGCGGCAGAGGUGCGUCGCGGCGUGCAGGAAGGCGGGCGCCCGGGCCGGCGGGGGCGCGCGCGGCGGCAGCACCGGCGACAGCGAGCCCGCGCCGGACGGGCUGUCCCUGUCCGCGGCCGCGGACGGCGGGCGCUACACGUGCGUGCACGCGCCCGCCGCCACGGGUCACCCGCCGGCCAGCACGUCCUCCGGCUCCGGCGACCAGCAGUUGUCGGAGAGCCAGCACCCCACCACAACCGUCACGAAGCCGAUCAGCAGCGCUAGUAUUAUGUAUACCUCGGCGUUCCCUACGCAACAAACAUUAAUUUAA